UCAAGUUACGGCAGGGGCGUGCGAAUGUCAAGGAACCCUAUCCGCUCUGCGUCACGCUCGCGGGCCGCGCUCAGUCGCAGCCGAUAUGUCUGCGUGCGCGCUCGCCCGUAUUCAAAGCCUUGCGCUCGCGGCUAACUUGCUCACCGCCGCAGCUGCCGCGAUACUCUCAAGUGGAAACGAUAUCGUUUGCGCUAAGGACGGACUCUACGUGGACUAUGACACCGACUGCCGUGAAUAUUUUCGUUGCGCGGCAGGCACGGUACGAGGACGCUACGUCUGCGCUCCGGGACGCAUAUUUAGUGAAGCGGCUGGAGCGUGUGUUCCGCGUCGCAGCCAGCACUGCACACGCCUUGUGUGCACUUCGGAAGACACGCUCGCCUACGCUACGCCGGGUACGGCAUGUCGCCACUAUUAUCGAUGUGUUAAUGGCACGGCCAUUGAUCACGCUUGUCCUUCCGGUUCAUGGUUUGAUCUAGUGACACAAGCCUGCUCUCGCGGGGCCGGUACCUGCUACGAGCCUCUGUGCGCAGGUCUCCCCGAUGGAAACUACCCGGACUCGUCGCACGAAUGCCGCCGGACGUUGCAUUGCCGCGGUGCAGAAUUACGCGCUGCAGUGUCUUGUGCUGGUGCAUGCGUCAGCACAUGUCCGCCUCCACGUGCCGCUGCUGUACCGCUACCAGCUGGCGAUGCCGAUUUUUGCUCAGACGAGGCUUGUUCUUCAUUGUGUCAAAAAGCAACGGAUGGUGCUUACGCGGAUCGAUCGACUGGAUGUCGCGAGUAUUUUGUGUGCGAAUCUCACCGUGUUAUCCGUCGAGGUGUAUGUGAAGCCGGCUUGUUGUUCUCGGGAAGUGGUUGCGAGUCAGCGACGGAGACUCACUGCCCACCACCAGGACGCAGUCCCUGCUUCAACCGACAAGACGGUAUAUAUAGAGAUUGGAGAGAUUGUUCAUCUUGGUACGAAUGCAAACGUGAGAGAGUCACCUUUCGAGGUUCAUGUGAAUCCGGUUUCGUAUUCGACGGCGUUGGAUGUGUUCCCAAAAAAGCAUUUUACUGUGAAAACCCCAAAAGAUCAACAGCUUGCGAGGGUAUGCCCAGUGGAACCUAUCAGGACCUAGAUUCCAACUGUACCCGAUAUUUUCACUGUGAGGGUCCCAUGCAAACGGUUUUGGCAUGUCCACCCGGACACGUGUAUGAUGGUGCAAGGUGUUCUCUAGCGUCGCAGUACCUAUGCCCGAGUCUAGAACGUGAUUCGUGUUACGGGCGGACAGAUGGUCGCUAUCGAGCUGCCGAUGCGGGAUGCCGAGGAUUUUAUACUUGUGCUAACGGCGAGAAAGCGGUGUACGCGUGCCCUGGGGGACGAGUUUUCGACGGUGAAUCGUGUGUUCCGAAACAUUCGUCUGUAUGUCCGAACGAAGAUUACUCGUGUUCUAGCCUCGCAGAUGGCUAUCAUGCAGAGCUGGAGUCUAAUUGCCAUAGAUACUUUUACUGCGAGGGUGGUGAUCGACUUGCGACGUUAUCUUGUCUCGGUGGGAAGAUAUUCGAUGGACGUUCCUGCGUCGAGUCUGUGCAUCAUAUAUGCGGCGCUCCGCGGAAAAGUACUCUAGAAAACGGUGGCAAAUAUUGUGAUCGUGAUGGUUUCUAUGUGCAACAGGGAACAGAAUGUAAAAAAUACUAUUUCUGUGUUUCCGGUCUGAGCACUUAUUUAACGUGUCCAAUGGGGCACGUGUUUAGUGGUCAAGUGUGUGUGCCCAAAGAACAAUACACCUGUCCCGGUUGAAUGUUAGCUAAUGGUGAGCUGACACAAGGCUGAAGCCGGCGACGACGGCAGGAAUUAAUAAGGAGACUCUGGAGAGAUAACGACGUACCUGAAUAAAGGCUGACCGGUGACCAAGUCAUUGACACCCGUUUUAUUUAAUAUUUAUUUUAGUUAAGUGUCGAUCUGUUCACUGCCUUACACAGAAACACAUGCACUGACCUACCUCAGACUCAGAGACGUUAAAAUAAUAGACGUUAUUUAUUCAUCAUUUUAUUGGCAUAAAAACUUUAAGCGAUCUAUGUAUGUAGAUAUAUCAUAUACCUAAUAAUUACACGGUGACUUUUAUCUUACAGUGUUACUUUACAAACACAAAUAAGCUCAGUGAAUAAAAAAAUAUUUAUCUUUUAAUAACAUAAAUGUAAUUUAUUUUAAAUAUAUCUUUUAUCCAAACCUUAUAUAACAGUAAACGUAAUAUGUAGCGUACCUACGGAUAUAUUACAAUACUUAUAUAAAUAUAAGUGUAGCACGAUACUGUAAUUUCAGUAUAAACGACCAAACUACGAGUAAAACUAGUCCAACUAAUAUUGUUUUAUCAUGAAUCACUUUAGAUAUUGAAAAAUACGUUUGGCAACAAAGUACGAAGCGUUCGAUGUUAUACAAUGAUUAUAUUACGACUAUAAUAAACGCUAUUAUGAUAAAA